AUGAUAGAUCGAAGGAGUAUGAGUCCUAUGGCUACAAGUUCAAGAAUGGGAACUGCAAGAGCUAUCUUUGAUACAGGCACAGAAUAAGAACCUACUAAACGAUUAACAAGAUCAAUAAGAAAUACUAGCACAGAUCCAUAAUAAACAGACUAAAAAUAAUAUCAAAAUUAACUUACCUUAGGUAUUUAAGGUUCUUAUGAAAUGAAUUGUAAGUUAUUUAUUAAAUUAUACAGCUUCAAAUUCACGUUAAUUUACUUAAGAGAAUUUUGAGUAUCGGAAACCAGAAACGGACAAUAUCAAUUUUAGAACUGUUUAAACUUAUAAACCUUAAGAAGUAAGUGCAUAGCCAACUACUUAAUUUAAUUACUAAAGUUUUGAAUACAAAAAACCAGAUGCUGGUCGUACAGGAUCAUACAUUUAGUCAGGUACUUGAACUAUUUAUCAUAGCUUAUAAUACAACAUGUAUUUAAUAUAUUUAUUACUCAAGUUCAAGAACCAAUAGGCAAUUCACUUAACUUUCAGAAUAAAUCUCUGUAUGAACCACCAAAAUAAGAUCAUACUUUUACAAAAUAUGAAAUGAAUUCAUUCGAUAAAUAUAAAACUACAUUUGAGUAACCUAAAACUUAUGAUAAGUUUGAACAAUACAAUUUUGAACCUAUGAAGUAUGAUUUUAAUAUACCUGAAUAACCAAAGGAAUUACAAUAAUCUUAUAAAUCCAUUCCAUAAGUACAACCAAAUUAAUCAGUUGUGUAAUUCUAUUUGUUUAACUUAGACAAACUUAAUACACUCCUUACAAUCCUGAUAGAAUUACUUUGGAUACACAACUAAAUAGAACUACUUUAAACUAUCCAAUUCAAAAUUAAUAAUUAAGUGUUGGACCUAGAAAAACAGAAGAACCAAUGAGGCCUUCUGAAAUUUAAAUUAAAACUCAAAAACCAUAAGACCCUAUUAAAUUAUAAAAUCCUCCUUCAAUUCAUGCAGAAUCAAUUAAAAAUGAAUAAAUAUAUAGGCCAACAACUCCAGUAUAUACAUAAUAACAAUACCAAUUAUCAAGUUAUAAAUAACCUGAAUCAUAAUACAAGUAAGAAACAACUGAUAUUUUAAAUAAGCCAAGUUAUAGAUGUAAAAAUUAUUAUUUUAAGUUAGUUGAAUUACCUAAGAAAUUCGUUGAGGAAAUAGUAAUUAUUGAAAAUGAAGCUAAUGAGCAUGAAUUUAAUGCAGGCUGUCAGAUAUUUUGA